AUGCUCCGAAUUUAUCUGGAUAUUUUGGGCUUGCUUUUUGCUUCACUUGGUGGUUUGAUUUUUGUAUUCUACCCUCCCCGCCCGUUCUACGAUGAUAAAACAGUUGAUGGCUACAGCUUAACUGCCUUCGGCUCCAAAACCUCGUACAAGAACCACGGUCUCAAAUCAGCACACCCUUCCUUGCUCUCUGGUAAACGUUUGGUCCACAUAAAUGCGCUCUUCCGUCAUGGCACGCGGUCCCCCGACAUGGAUUUUAUGACAAAAAUGGCAGCGCUGCGUACUAGACUUCAGCAAUAUUUACCGAACUUAGACUUUCCACUGGAAUCUGGUGGCAACGCGAGCAAAGUUUUGUUGCCGUCCGGAGUUGAGGAACUGGCUCAACUCGGUAUCCGCUUUCGGAACAUUGUCCCUGAUAGCUUUCGCCUUGCUUCCGGCGCACUUGUUGUUUCAAGCCAAACCGAACGAACUCUUAAAAGUGCCCGUGCUUUCAUUUCGAAGUUUUUCGACGAAGAAGUACCAAUUACGGAGGAUUCGGAAAGACUGCGGUUCUUCGCCUACUGCACUAAUUACAUUGAAGGUAUUCGGAAGAACAAGACCGUGAGGUCGGAGUACUACAAGUUCAGAGACGGGGCUGCCAUGAACCGAGUGCUGGCCGAGGUGAUCAAUGACCUCUCAGACAUCCACAAAAUGGCCGGUCAUGAGGUCGCCGCCAUGAAACCUCAGUCACCGCUUCCGGGUUGGGUGCGACUGUUUCGACCGGGACAUCUUUAUGUCCUCGAAUACCUCUCUGAUCUCAAACAAUACUGGACAAAGGCGAAUCCCUUCCCCAUCAACUACGAACAGGUCUGCCCUCUGUGGGGCGCCAUAAUGGAGGACUUGUUGAAGGCAGCCACGCAUGAUCGAGACCUGCUUGUCGCACAGCAGCACGGAGGUGGUGGUGGUGGUGAUCGUGGGGCUGAAGGUGACAGCAGCGUCAGUCAACCGCAUCGACGCAGUGUCUUCUGGUUCGGUCACGCCGAAACCCUCCUCCCCCUUGUCAUCAAACUGGGUCUCUUCAACGAGUCUGUGGCCACGGAGUCUGGGGGCGGCGAACACCUCAUGGCCUCCGGGUUCGAGUCCCGUCUUCGGAGGCUUCGCCUGGAGGAUUUGCCGGUGCACAACUUGUUCCGAUCGUCCCACAUCAUUCCCUUUGCUGGCAACAUAGCCUUUCUUCUAUUCCACUGCCCUGAGGCUGGAGAAGAACCCUCUCUCGAUCACUACUGCGUUGAGGUGCGUUUGAAUGAGCAAGUUGUCGAGAUUAUCCCAGAGUUGCGCGACGCUCCGAGGCCACUGCGAUUGCCUCGCCUCCUCGACUUCUUCAAAGCCUGUCUUCCCACGACGUACAACCAGGCGGCUCUGUGCGAUCGCCGGACCCCUUCUUACUCCCCAUAG